GGAAGGUGGAAGGUGGAAGGUGGAAGGAGGUUGUGAUGCACAAUUCAAUUGAGUGCUCCAAACGUCUUUGUUAUCGGCUAUAAGGUUAUCCCUACCAUGAGAAUUCCUUCUCUUUGCAAAUUCCGCUGUUCUAAUUAAUUGUAACUUUAUCACAUUAGAUUCAAAUUACCAAUCCCAUUAUUUUAUCCCUUAACAAAAUAACAAAAACAGAAUUUUAUUUCCUUGUCGUAGAUUCCUAUCGUCUUAUUCAGAACAAUUAUCAAUCACUAAAAUCCAUAUUUAAAACAUAUAGAAAGAGAAAAAGAGAAUAUCCCCACAAUCAUAAACAAAGACACAAAAUUUCCAAAAACCAUUUUUCAUUACACACAAAAUAACCCACAGAAUUAAACUGUUAGAGAUAAUUUCUUGUGAACAUCCCACAAUGUAAACAAAGGACACAAAAAGGUCCAAAAAACAAAGAUAUCUAUAAAUAAACAACCAACCCCUCCCACUUUGAAGAAAUUAAAAAAACACACCCCACUAAAACAAAAGAAAUCAGGGAAUCAUUAGAUCAUGGAGUUCAACAGUUGCAAGGAAUUCAAGAUUGGAAAAUGUGAAGGUCAAAAGGAAGUGGAUGGAGAAACCAUCCCAUUAGUUCUAAACCCUCCUCAAGCAAACAAGGCUGAUUUUGAGUCCCUUUUGUUGGCUCUCAAAAAGAAUCAUGAUUGGUUGGACCAAAUGAUCAUCAAACACAGUGCAGUCUUGCUUCGAGGAUACGAUGUAUCAAAGGCUGAGGAGUUCAACGACAUCGUCGAAGCCUUUGGGUGGGAAGACAUUCGAUACGUCGGCCCGGCUCCUCGAACCCACAUUUAUAAGAGGAUAUGGACUGCCAAUGAAGGCCCCCUUUCUGAGUUCAUUUACUACCACCAUGAGAUGGUUUUGAUAAAGGAAUAUCCAAAGAGGGUAAUAUUGUAUUGCGAAAUACCACCACCAGAAGGUGGAGAAACCCCAAUUGUUCCAAGCUUCAAAGUAACAGAAAGAAUGGUGAAAGAAUUCCCUAAAGAAGUUGAAGAAAUGGAGAAGAAAGGGUUGAAAUAUACAUUCACUGCCCUUAGCAAAAAUGAUACUUCUUCUAUGAGAGGCAGAGGUUGGCAAGACACUUUUGGUUCAUCUGAUCCUAUUGAAGCAGAGAAAAGGGCGAAUGCGUUGGGGAUGGAUGUAGAGUGGCUACCAAACGGGGCAAUGAAGACAAUAUUGGGACCGAGGGGCCUAACAAAGGUGUUUGAUGGAAGGAAAGGAAGAAGAAUGUGGUUUAAUACCGUGGUAGGAAUGCACGGGAAGGAGCACAGCUCAGCUUUAAUGGCCGAUGGGACGGAGAUUGCAGAGAAUGUGGUGAAGAGAUGCCAGGAGAUAAUUGAAGAGGAAAGCAUCCAAUUCAAAUGGGAAAAAGGGGAUGUUUUAUUCUUGGAUAACUAUGCUUUGCUCCAUGGAAGAAGGCCUUCUCUUCCUCCAAGGAGAGUCUUAGUUGCAACUUGCAAAUAGUUUGUUAAGUUGGAUGCCUUUCCUUCUCUACAAGGCUUGUGUGAGAGAUACAUAUAUAGAUAUGGUUCUAUGAAUAAAAAAAGAGUAUACUUCUUAUUUUACAUUUCUCAUUACCAUUAAUAAAGAUAUGCAUUAAGAAGUUGUCACUGAACCAUUGGUCUUCAAUUUGAUUUCCCGUUUGUUUUAGUCUUUCAAAGAGGAAUAAAAGCACAAUUCUUAUUUAAUUAGAGAAA